AUGGAGGAAGAUGAGCUUUGCUUUCCACAAUUUACCAACUUGUCCUGCAGAAAACUAAACCGUUCUCAGUUUGAAAAAGUGUUGAUUUCCUUUAUGCUAUGCUUUAUUUCUGUGACCACUGUGUCUCUCAACCUGCUGGUCAUCAUCUCCAUUUCUCACUUCAGGCAGCUUCACACCUCCACCAACCUGGUCCUCCUCUCUCUGGCUGUGUCUGACUUCUCUGUGGGAUUCCUAAUUCUAUUUCAGCUCAUGCUCAUAGAUGGAUGCUGGUAUCUAAAUGACUCAAUGUGUGUUUUAUACUAUAUUUUAGAUGUAGUUGUUACCUCUGCCUCAGUAGGAAACAUGGUGCUCGUAUCAAUUGACCGCUAUGUGGCAAUAUGUGACCCUCUACACUAUUCUCUAAAAGUCACUCCAAAAAGAGCCCGUGUGUGUAUUUCAUUGUGUUGGAUCUCUUCUCUCAGUUAUGUCACCAUAGUACUAAGGAUGAAUUUUAAAGAGCCUGGAAGGUUUAAUUCGUGCUUUGGAGAGUGUGUGAUAAACGUUGGCUUUACUGAACAAGUUGCAGAUCUUUUUGUAACCUUCAUUAUUCCCAUUACUGUCAUUGUAGUCCUGUAUGUGCGAGUGUUCCUGGUGGCUGCAGCUCAGGUUCAGGCCAUGCGCUCCCAUGUUGCAGCCGUCACACAUCAACACUCAAGGAAAAUAAUUGUUAAGGACUCAGAGAUGAAAGCAGCCAAGAUUCUCGGAGUUGUCGUUGUUGCGUUUCUGAUGUGCCUGUGUCCAUAUUUCUGUGUUACACUUGUAGGACAAGACACCCUACUAAAUACGUUGUCUUCUGCAUUUGUAAUAUGCCUGUUUUAUUUUAAUUCUUGUCUAAACCCUCUCAUCUAUGCCUUUUUCUACCCCUGGUUUAGGAACUCUAUAAAAUAUAUUAUUUCACUUCAAAUACUGAAACCUGGAUCCUGUGAUGCCAAUAUACUUUGA